CCGAGCAUAUGCUGUACUUCCAUAAUUUGACAUUUCACGCAGUGACUGCAGCCGGCGCAGAUAAUAACCAAGUAACCAAAAGAGGAAAUUUUCCUUGGCUCUGUCGGGCUCCAAUGAGGGGGAACCGUUCUUACCCGUGAUUUCCAAGCAAUUCGGUCCCAGGACGGAGGCACACAAUAACCCGAGAAAAGAGGAAAAGGAGCAUGCAACACCCUUGUAUCCUGCUGCGUCAUCCCACAACGUCACCGUCAAUUUAUCUGUUUAUGAGAUGGAUCUGGAGACUUCGAUAAGCAGGCGGAUAUAUAGUAAACCUCCCACAGUGUUUGUCAGCCCAAUUCUGACAAAGAAGCGAGUUGGAUCGCACUAUUUAACGACUAGGCACGAUUCUCAUUCCCCUUCUCAAUACUCUCUCGAAUUCCGAAGACUUGAAUAGCCAUGGCCCCUGUCAAGAACGGACGUGUUAUUUUCAACGAGAUCCCCUCAGGAUAUCCGGAUCCUAACAAAACUGUAAUAUACGACGAAUCUGAGAUUAUUGACCCUGACACCGUACCCCUUAAUGGCGGCUUCAUUGUUAAGACACUCGUGAUCUCCAUAGAUCCUUAUAUGCGAGGACGGAUGAGAGAUCCCAGUGUUAAGAGUUACUCUCCUCCCUUCCCCCUUGGAGAGCCUAUCGCCAAUCAUGCUGUCGGUGUGGUUAUCCGCUCUGAGAAUCCCUCAGUAAAACCAGGUGAUCACAUAUACGCUUUGCUUCCGUUCCAAACCUACACGAUUCUUAAAGACCUCACUGGCCUCCGUAUCCUUGAGAACAAGGAAGGGCUCCCUUGGUCUGCAUACGUCGGUAUCGCUGGCAUGCCCGGCCAAACUGCCUACUACGCCUGGAAAGAGUACGCAGCGGCCAAAAAGGGUGAAACUGUCUUUGUUACUGCCGGGGCAGGUCCUGUUGGUUCAGCCGUGAUACAAAUCGCCAAGUCUGAGGGACUGAAAGUUAUUGCCUCAGCCGGUUCGGAGGAGAAAGUGGCAUUCCUCAGGUCUAUUGGCGUUGAUGUCGCAUUCAAUUACAAGACGACGAAGACGGCUGAGGUCCUCGCCAAGGAAGGACCUAUUGAAAUCUACUGGGACAAUGUGGGUGGCGAGUCCCUCGAGGCCGCGCUCGAAUAUGCCAACAAGAAUGCUCGCUUCCUAGAAUGUGGUAUGAUCUCAGUGUACAAUACCGAACCUUACCCUAUCAAGAACCUCAUGAACGUCGUCAGCAAGGAGAUUAAGCUGUACGGUUUCCUCGUCUUCUCCCUCCAUGAGAAGUAUGAGGAGGAAUUCUAUCGCGAAUGGCCUAAGCGCGUCGCAAGCGGCGAGAUCAAGUAUACCGAAGACGCGAAGCAGGGACUGAAAGAGACCGGACAGGCCAUUUAUGAGGUCCAGAAGGGUUUGAACAAGGGAAAGAGUGUUAUUGUGGUUAGUUCGGAGUAGGUCCGUCCACUUUGGGCGAACUCGCGACUGCAGACGAUUUAAGGGGUUGGAUAACGACAUGAGAAGUAUCUUGCAUUGUAUCAUACCUGCAAUAAUCUUUUUAUUUGUUCCCCAUUGAAUUCUACCAUGACUUCAUAUCCCAGUGGAAGGGAUUCUGAAUAUGUCGUGAAGCGAUAACAUCUUUGCGAAGAGUACUGUUGUAAUUGCCGGACGCUUGACAAAAUAAUGACACAAAUGACAU